AAUCGAUAACCUUUAUAUGAAAAUCAUCGCUAUCGCCAGGUAAAUUUAAUGGCUGUCAAAUUAUGUUUACUUUCUAAAUGAUACUAAAUUAUAUUUUGGUUGUGUCCUAUACGUGCCUUAGUCAAUUUUCCGUGAUAGGUUAUUAAUUUUUUAAAGAUGACUGCAAGUGGUGAAACUUCUACACAAAGACCUUUACACUUUGUUGUAUUAGUAGUCGCAGCCUUUCUGUGUUACUAUAAUUCCCUGUACUGUGGAUUUGUCUUUGAUGACAUGUCUGCAAUUAGAGACAACAAAGAUCUCAGACCUUCCACACCUGUACUUAAUCUUUUCUUUAAUGAUUUUUGGGGAACACCUAUACAUAAGGAGCACAGCCAUAAAUCAUAUCGACCGUUAACGGUUAUCACUUUUCGUAUCAACUAUUAUCUUCAUCAACUUAGUGCUUGGGGAUACCAUUUUUUCAAUAUUAUUCUACAUGUUUUCGUCUGCAUUUUGUACUUACGAUUAUGUCAAUAUUUUUUAUCUUCUACUGCUAGUUUCAUUGCUGCGCUUUUAUUUGCUGUACAUCCUAUUCACACAGAAGCGGUAACUGGUAUUGUAGGAAGGGCUGAAAUUCUAUCUUCAAUUUUCUUCCUUCUGGCUUUCAUAGCUUAUAUUAAAUCCACUUUACCUCUGCAUAAUACUGGCAUAAAUCGCCUUCCUUUGAGCUGUUGUCUAUUUUUUAUCAUUUGUGCUACAUUGUCUAAAGAACAAGGCAUUACUGUUGCUGGUGUGUGCUUCUUGUAUGAAAUUUUUGUUGUUCAAAAGCUCCGUUUCAGUGAUUUGGCACAACUUUUACAAAAUGGAUCUAUAUUCAAAGGAUUACCCAUGUGGCUUAGAAAUAUGGUAAUUAGAAUUAGCUUUGUUGCAGCCAUUACCAUUUGCCUUCUAAUAGCUAGAGUUAAAAUUAUGGGAGCACAGUUGCCAAUAUUCACGAAAUUUGAUAAUCCAGCUGCUGCUUCUUCUACUCCAGUUAGACAAUUAACAUUCAAUUACUUACUACCAGUUAAUGCUUGGCUUCUUCUGUUUCCUUCUGACUUGUGCUGUGAUUGGACGAUGGGAACUAUUCCACUUAUAACUUCACUCUUAGAUCCUCGUAAUUUAGCCACUCUUGCCCUUUAUGCAACGUUAGCUGCUAUGUUAUGGUUUGCUUUGACCGCAGACCCGAAACACUUCCAAAUUAUAUCUAUAUCAAUGUCACUUCUGGUGCUUCCAUUUCUACCUGCUUCAAAUAUGUUUUUUCCUGUGGGCUUUGUGGUGGCAGAACGGAUAUUGUACAUACCUAGUAUGGGCUUCUGCUUUCUUAUAGCCUAUGGAUGGAGCCUUAUAUACAGAAGAAUGGGAAGAAAACGUUAUUUGAUAUAUCUUAUACUAGUAGUCAUUAUAUUUCAUUCUUUAAAAACGAUUCUAAGAAAUUUUGAUUGGGUGUCUGAAAAAGAAAUAUUUGCUGCUGGUCUAAAAGUAAAUCAAAGAAAUGCUAAGCUGUAUAAUAAUGUUGGCCAUGCCUUAGAAAGUAAAGGCCAAUUCAGUGAAGCUCUGCAUUAUUUUCUGCAAGCUGCAAGUGUCCAACCUGAUGACAUUGGUGCUCAUAUGAAUGUGGGGAGAACCUACAACAACUUAAAAAUGUACGAUGAAGCGGAACAAGCAUUUUGGAAGGCUAAAAAUCUUUUACCUCGAGCUCGUCCAGGUGAAACAUAUCAGGCUCGCAUCGCUCCGAGCCACCUUAAUGUCUUUUUAAAUCUUGCAAAUUUAAUAUCUAGAAACGGCACCAGACUUCAAGAAGCCGAUGCACUAUAUCGUCAAGCUAUUAGGAUGCGUUCUGACUAUAUACAAGCCUAUAUAAAUAGAGGGGAUAUUCUCAUAAAGUUAAACAAGACUUCUGAGGCAAGGGAAGUUUAUGAAAAAGCAUUGUCUCUCGAUAACAACAAUCCGGAUAUAUAUUAUAAUUUGGGUGUUGUGCAUCUGGAACAGAGCAAACUAACCGAAGCUUUGGAAUAUUUUGAUAAAGCCUUAGAGUUAGAUCCAGAGCAUGAACAAGCACUGAUGAACUCUGCUGUUCUUAUACAAGAGAGUGGCAAUGCUUUGAAGAGAAAAGUGGCCUAUGACAGACUUCACAAGUUACUGAAGAAAGGGAAAGUAAACGAGAGAAUUUAUUUUAAUCUUGCAAUGCUUGCCAUGGAUGAUAAAGAAAAUUCGCUCGCUGAGAGAUGGUUUAAGGAAGCUAUUGAGAUAAAGAAAAACUUUCGAAGUGCACUUUUCAACUUAGCGCUUUUGCUUACUGAUGAUCACCGUCCUCUGGAAGCAGUGCCUUUUCUCAAACAACUUCUUAAGCAUCAUCCUGAGCAUGUGAAAGGUCUAAUUCUCCUUGGUGACAUUUAUAUCAACCAUAUUAAAGAUCUUGAUGCUGCCCAAAAGUGCUAUGAAAAAAUAUUGGUAUUGGAACCUACAAACAUUCAAGCAAUUCACAACUUGUGCGUUGUUUAUGUAGAAAGGGGCUUCCUGCAAUAUGCAGAGGCUUGUCUCCUAAAGGCCAUAUCCUUAGCACCAAAAGAAGAAUACCUACACAGACAUUUGUCUAUCGUCCAAGCGCGAAUGAAGAAGCACACUAGUGAUACCAUGAAGUCAAAAUUUAAAUCAAGCAAUGAAGAUAGCGCAUCUAUCCAGCCAACGUCUAGCCUACCUGCGUCUAUGGAGCUAUCAGAGAACUUAGUGUAUGCAGAUUCAUCUGCAGUGCCAAUGAAGAAAAAAGAGCAAAGUAUAUUGCAGCAGCAAAAUAUAUCGAUUAAGAGAUGAGUUGUUGAGUUAAAUAUUAAUAGGGUUUUUGAAUGAGUGGUGCUAAUGAUUUGUUAUCGAAUGUUUAUUCAUGUUGACUUAGCAAAAGUGUAAUAUCUUAUUAAGAUUGUGGAAAGGCAGAGAUUUUAUUUUUAUUUUUUUUGAAUGCUGAGAUUCAAGGGGAGAGUGAGACUGAGAGUAUAAAAGAGUUACGGUUUAUUAAAUCAAAUCAGACUAACUUUGAAGUUAAAUUUGAAAGAAAGAAUUUUAAUUAUUGUUUGUGAUACAUGAAAACAAAAUUCAAACCAGGUUGCUGUGCUAUGCAUGCAAAAAAUUCUCAUCCUCGCUGCUUUCUUCAAUAUUUAGUAAUGGUUGAUUCUUAUAAAAUAUAUUUAAAUCCUAAUGUGAAAAGCUAGACUAGUAUAAAAUUAUUUUUAAAAACCUCUUUGCCUGUUUCAAAUGUUGCUUUCAUUCAAUUAGUUUUCUUUUGUGAUUAACCUAUUGCUUUCAGUGGAUUAGAGUGAUAAUUUUUGCUGUGUUGAAACACUGUUAGCAAGGGAUUAAUCAGAAAAUAUGUGAUUAUGUAGCAAAAGGUCAUUAAUAAAAAAUUUAUUUCAGGCCUCAGUUAAUAUUACUGUUUUAAGUCUAGUGAUUGUUUUGUAAUAAUUUAAUUUUUAUGUUCACAUUUUCUAUUUGAAAUCUGGUUAAAUGUUAUCAAUUAUAUAUUAGUGUAUAGCAAUACUUAAUCCACUCAAAAUCAGAAGUUUAAUGUCUUCAAGUGUUUGCACAAGAAAUUGUGUACCUAUUUUUCAAUUUUCACAGAAAUUUAAAUCCUUAUGUAAGCAUGCAUUAUCUACUUUACCACCUAUGUUUUAAGAUGCAUACUGUAGCAGGUUACAUAAUGAAUAAAACAUAUGUGUUGCUUACAACACAUUAAUGAAAUUGGGAAAAAAAAGACUAUUUCUUUCUGAAAAUGUGAGUGUGAAAAUUGCUUAUUCUUUAAAAUGAGGAAAAGUAGCCUUCCUAAACCUUUACAUGUUAAUGCUGUUUGAAAGAUUUUGUUUAUUUGUUUUACUGGAAUGCAACCUUCCUAAACCUAUGUUAAAUAUGUGUAUUCUGUACAUAAAAUCUGGAGCUUAGUGGAAGAAUAUGUUAAGUUAUAUAUUAAGUAGAAUUGAGAAUGGCAACUUUAAAAUGUAUAAAAUCAUAUUUCCAAUGAAAAUGAUUUUAUUUAGAAACUUAUGAAGAUGAAUUAUUGUUCUAAACUAGUAACUGACCAUAACUUUUUUUUCUAAAUGUUCUUUAACUAAUUAAUUCUUUUCAAAUGUUCUUGUGUUUCUACUAUUGAUGUUUGAUUCAGAGUUUAGUAGAAGAACAUGUUAAAUUGUAUAUCAAUUCGAAAAUAGCAGCUUUAAAAUGUAUCGAAGCAUAUUCCCAUUGAAUUUAUGACAGUAAAUUGUGCUUUUAUACUUAUUGUUGAUCAUAACAUGUUAUUUAAAAGUUCUUUAACCAAGCUCUAAAUAUAUUGCUACUAAUUUUUACAUUUGAUGGAGAUUGUUGUCUUGUAUGCAGAGUGUUUCAUAACCAUACUGAUAAACUUCUAGGGGAGGUAGAAUUGCAUAAGCUUUUAUCUAAAUAAUCUUAAAUUUUUGUUUUCUAAUAAGCACUGUCAAAAAUUACAUAGAUGUUUUAUCAUAAUUUAUGAUCUGGCAAGAUUUGCCAAGUUAGUUGCUAAAUCAUUAAACUACAAUAUACCAGCAAUUUAUAAGCAAUUAUGCAGCUUUUGACAAUAAUUAUUAAAAAAAAAUUCAAAUUAACAGGAAAUUAAAAUAAUUUAAAAUAACCAGUUCAAGGUGCACAUCAAAACAGUUCAUAAUAGGAAAGUGGCCCAGCACAUGAUGUGAUGCGUUAUCUAUCAUAUCUGCCAAUUCAAAUUCUUAAUAAUUUUCCCUAUCUUUCCUAGAAAGUUGUCUGUCUGGUCGUGAAACA